UUGUUCCGGCCAGAACGCUUUAAAUUUAUGUAGUAACCUGUACUUUUGGUAUGAGCUUUUUGUUCCUUUGAUUUAUUCUGAUGGAUUAAGGAUAAUUGUGAUUAUUUCCGGUUAGUUAGAGUGGAGUUAGUUUAAGUGGAGUGAGCGGAAAUAUAAAUCUGUGGGGGAACGAAAAGCGACAGAACACCGGCUCAGAUGAUAGCGUUGUCUCUGCGUUCUGGUCGUCAUGCUUCCCCGGGCGGGUAAAGAGUUUCUGGUCCGGAUUCGGUUCUCCUGGAGGCCUCUGUUCCAGGGCCGGUACCUGCUGCUCACCAACACGCUGAGCGGAGGGCUCAUGCUGUCGCUGGGAGACGUCCUGCAGCAGACUCGGGAAAACCGCAGGGAGCCGGGCCGAGUCCGGGACUGGAGGAGGACAGGCAGAAUGUUUGUGGUUGGUUGCUCCAUGGGCCCAGUGCUGCACUACUGGUACAUCUGGCUGGACAGAGUUUAUGUGGGCAAAGCUCUGAAGACGCUGAGCAAGAAGGUUCUGGUGGACCAGCUGAUCGCCUCCCCGACGCUGGGAAUGUGGUAUUUCAUAGGUAUGGAUCUGCUGCAGGGACGCUCUUUAUGGGACGGAUUGGCGGAGUUCAGAGAAAAGUUCUGGGAGUUUUAUAAGAUGGACUGGUGUGUUUGGCCCGCUGCGCAGGCCAUCAACUUUUACUUUCUGUCACCCAAGUUUCGUGUCGUGUACAUUAAUUUUAUCACAUUAGGAUGGGACACCUACCUCUCAUAUCUCAAACACAGAGAUGAGACCCAGCAGGUCUGACACCGGACAGCAGCUCUGUGGAUCCACAGCAGGAAGAUCCGACAACUUCUAAACCGCUGGAGGAAAAAGCUUAGAGCUUUUCAUUAUCUGUGUGAAUUAAAUGCAAGAGAACAUUUUAAUUAUAUUUUCAGACCCUAACUCCUCCUCCGUUAUCAGAAGGCAUUUAUCUAUGAGGAGCUGCAUAUUUUUAAAUUUGCUUUCUGUUUUUUUUUUGCAUUCAGGGAUGACAGCAGCUUCACUGCCCUCACCGCUGAUAUUCCUGUUUCCGGACGUUGUGAUUGUUGAAGCGUUUUGUCUCGACUAAAGCUAAAUGCUGACGCGGUACCUCUCUAUUCAAUGUUGUUUAUAAUGUUUCUGUAUUCAACUCCAAACUGUUUUUAACCCAGUUUCACCAUGAGAACUGUUGCCUUAACUUGCACUCCAGUUCUCAAGAUUUUUGUGCCAAAUAAUCUCUGCUGACUGUUUAUCCUUUAUGGUUCCUUCUGAAUGAUGCUUGAGAUGAAGAUGAUUUUAGUUAAAUCCAAUAUUACACACAACUGUAGAUUGUAAAUAUAAACUUGAAUCCUGUUAAACUGAAUAUUUAAUGUGUGAAACAAAAUGUUUCCACCAAUUAAUUUAUCAAUUUGGGUUUUUGGGGUGAAUUUGAUCAAUUAAAUAUUUGUAGUUUUUCUUAUUCAUACUAUUGCAGUCUUCUAAAUGAUGUAGAGAAUUUGUCAAAGUCUGUAAAGAAAUUAUAGAUUUUUUUUUUUAAUUUAAAAUUUUUGUUGAUAUGUUUUGUCUUGAAAAUGAAUUAUAAUCAGUGUAGUAUGAAGAUGGAGAAUAUAUUUAUUACAUGACAUUAAAGCAGAAUUAAACAUGAAUAAUUAAAAACAUUAUUCCCUAAAUUGAUUUUAUUCCUAAUCAUUGUGUUUUGCUCCCAUUGGCAUGUUUAUAUGACUGGAGUA